AUGCUCGAUCGUCCAGCGAGACAACGUAUCCACCGCCAUAUUCGAACUAAAUUCCUUCUCAAGAAGGGGGCAAAUGGUGGUGCUAAUGAUGAUGACGGGGACAGACUCCCAGAACUUCCUCCGGGUCAGAUGCAGUUGCAUAGCUUCUACGCUCCGGCACUCCUGUCUUCACCUAUUCCCUACAAGAUCGACGUAACUCAAGUCAUCGAAGCCGAUUCCCAGCAAAAGUUGCUCAAGAGUACGCAAACAUUUGAGGUGGUCGCUCCCAGGUUUACGCUUGAUGCAACCACACAAAUCCACUCGCAAUAUCCUCCAAACGGACAUGCGGAUUAUGGUACAAUACUCCCACACGUCGUUUUGACUGAUCCCCACUUGCCGUGGGAACGACAGCCCAGUGUAAAUGCUGUUCCUACAGAGGCAGGCAAAGAGCGGAAUCGCACGCCCUGGCUCGCGUUAGUUGUCUUUGAAACUAGUGAGCUGCAGCUGCCGCUGGCGACCACACCGCCAUUGAUCACCUUCCCGUCCGACGUCACACCCAAGCAAUCCAGCACAAUGAGUAUCAACAUGACAAUCUCGCAGCUCCGCGCGACGCAGGAUAUCGUCCAUCCUCUUCCUGCAAAUGACAGCACCAUCGAUCCAUCCACAAAGUUAGACGUAAUAUUCCUCGACCCGAAUCUUUUCACCGCUCUCGUAUCUUCCUCCCCGGCAAGUUCAAAGCCCAACUUGGAUCGCUACCAACAUCUUGCCCAUUCGCGUAAUGUUAACACAAAAUACACUGCGUCGUCGGGUCUUUCCUCGGAUAACGGCACAUUUUCGAUCGUCGUGUCUCACCGUACGGGCCCGUUGUCUCUCGACAAGCCGACAAGCUGUGCAGUACACCUCCUUUCCUUGGAGGGUUGGGAGGACAACAUAACUUUGCCUAUUAAUUCGACAGCUGUGAGCAGGGUUGCUGUAAUCAGUUUGUACAGCUGGAAUUACACUUGUCUCCCUCCGCAAAGUAUAAAUUUCCAUCAGCUCAUGGUCAACCUCGGAGACGAAGCUAAGGGUGGCUACGGGCUGCUUCGUAACUCCAUGGAUCGCGCAAGCCCUCUAAUCAAAGAUCGGCUAAACGACGGGUACACUCUUCUCAGGUAUCGCCUCGCAUCCGGAGACGAGACUAUCGCCUUCAUGCGAGGGCCGUUAACACCUACGUUGGUGCCGUGUCCCCUGACACCCACCUGGCCAACGCAUUCAUUCUUUUCCACCGAUCUUCAAAUUUUGGAUACCAAACUUGGCGUUAUGGACAUCACUUAUAGUGCAGCAUGGCAGCUGGGGCGUACGCUUGCAAUAGCCGACCAGGCCUUUUCCGCUGCGCUAAUGCGACUCCGCUCCUCUUUGCACAGUGCUGCUCAGAAGGCCGUGAAGAACGAAAUCGGUUUGCGUCUGGGGACCUACAAAGGAAAGAUGGAUAAUUUUGAAGCAUUGCAGCACGCCGUUGAAGGCUUGAAGGGACUGCACAACGAUACCAUUGGGAAGAAUGGACCGGACCAUCUGAGGAGGUGGUAUAGACCAUUAGCACAGGCUUCAUCGGGCAAUGAAUCAUCUGGUAAAACAUGCUCUACUCGAUCACAAACACUGUUCAAUGAACAUAAUGGUCCCCCGAACUCCAGCGAUUGGUCGCUUAUCCUCACCUGGCUGCUUGAUAAGCUCUACCUACACAAUAUACCCGCACACUACUUGAUACCUGACCCUGCCUUUUUGGGCAAAGAAAGCUUGCGCUUCUUUUAUAUCGAUCGGAAUUGGACAGACGCUUUGAUCGACGGCGCAUUGAGUAUCGCAAAUCAUAUGGACCCGGAUGAUCAAGUCCGCACGCAAAUAAAAGAAAUGCUGAAAACGUAUUUAAGCACACCCAUCGAUCCACAAAUUGCUAACUAUCCGCCCCAGCUCCCUGUGUACGGCUUCCUACUCCGCUCGGCAAUUGUAACCGCCUGGCCGGACCUUGAAGUCCACGCGCCAUGGACUGAUGCCGCAGCUCAAGCUCGCCGUCUCGAGGUCAUCAGAUUGGAAAAUAUAGCAAAAGAUACCAUGCUAUGCUUACUGGAUCGUGCGCCCCAGCCCGGCGGGCAGCUACAGUCCAUUCGCUUAAGUCAACCGGCCCAUCAGCAAUAUUUCGAACUGGAUGUAGAUGCCCACGAAGAGAGAGCAGCGAUGGAGGUAAAGUUUAUCGAUACCAUAAACAAAGGUGCAACUUCCCAGACUGGGACGGCGGUUCCCCUAAAGGGUGACGCGGGCAAGCCGGGAGGCUACCUGGAAUGGAAGAAAGGAGAUGAUAAGCCGCAAGUCUUUAACUGGGAUUCCAGAACGGUUGUUCUGCCAUCCCUAGAAAAGGCGAUCUUAGAUGUCUUAAUGCCCUACGACACGAUUUUUAAGGAUGACACAAUGACGGCAGCGUACAUGGGUGUACAGCUUAACUCCCCUAUGUUGAAUCUUAUUUUUGGCAAUGGCGAGGUCAGAUCGUCCUCAGCAGAAAUUCGCGUAGAGCAUCCGGCAAGUAGCGUAAGUCCCGCGCUGUCAGAUACGUCAGGUGGAGUCAAUCAGGAUAGUGCGAACCGAGAAUACCUAGAAAGCAAGACAUCAUCGAAGGACGGCAGCCUGAUAGGGCCUGCUGCUGGUCACAACAACGGAUCACUUUCAAGCUCCUUGGGUGCAACUGCAAUCCAAUUUGAUUACCAAUGCUUUGACUCUCUCACCGGUUCGCUCUCUGUCGGGCAGAAUUCACCAAAAGACCUAGUCUUCCACAUCACUCCCAGGCAAGCUGGCGCCCCAACCGAUUGGCUAUUCCUUGAAGCGAAGAUUAAGAUUCCUCGAGGGGAGCAGGCUACGGAUCUCAUCCUGCCCUAUGCUGGGACGGGAGCUCGCAUGAUCAGUAAUCAACGGUUCAAUGUGAAAAUUGAACAUGAAAGCAAUUACCUCGUCUGUCGCAUAUUACCCCGAUCGACGAGGGUGUGGGUCUUCAACGCAUAA